AUGUUCUCCUCGGCUGAUAUUAUUUCCCAUGUUUCCUUUCAAUCGACCGAAGAGACGGUUCAUAAUUUGGAUCAAAAAGAGAAUGUGGAUUACAAGAAAGUUGUGAAAGAAUUGAAGAAAGAGUCAAAAAGAAUCGAUGAAGCCUUGGAAGUGCUGACAAAAGCGAGGAAUGAAGCCGAAGGGAAGGUCAAGAAGGUGAGAAAAGGAUUUAAAAUUAAUGUUAAUUAUUCCAGAUGCGAGAGAUCGUGGAUCAGAAGAAGAAAGAGGCCAAAAGUCUAUCCUCAUGGCCAUUACAAUUGGCGGACGAUGUGAAGAAGUGGGAAAAGCUGUGGGAGGGGGAUUUUGGAAAGGUAAAAUAAUAUUUUGGGGAGUUCUCGUAUGACCAACCUUCUUCAAAUUUGGCGUAGAUUCUCUGUCUAGACCAUAGAUUAACUCUUGGACAUUUUAAUUCAUGCUUUGCAAGGAGAGCGAAGACAUUCAACGAAAGUUUUUUGCGAGAGAUUAGAGAAAAUGAAGAGAGACGAUCACAGGAUUUUUUAAUCGGCUCUUCCCUGGCUGCUUUAUAUUGUUGAUUUGAAACAGAAAGCCAAAUUUGGCGGGAAAAUUUAAUCUUAUAUCAUUUUGAUCAAUGUAAAAACAUUGACUUUUGGUUACAUUUCCUAUCUUCAGAAAGUCCUCCGACACCAAUCCCAUCAGCUGGCCGAGAAUGCGACCGUUGUCUCUGAUAUGAAUUGUAAUGUGCAAUAUUGCCGGAAGAUGAUCUAUUUCAAACGAAUCUCUCAACAAAACCUCACCGAAGAGAGUCGUCGGCUCAGAAAGAACAGUCAGGUAAAAUAAAAUACUUUCUUGGAUACAUAUAUUUUUUUUUUAUUUUUAGAGUGAGUUAAACAGAGUUCAGCGAGAGAUUAACUGGCUGAAAGAUCAAGUGGCCGAAUGGAAAUUAAAAGUGGUCCAAAAUGAGGUCGUGGUCGAGAAGUUGAAAAUCGAAUUGAAUUCAACAAAUAUGGAGGUGGUCGAGAAGAGAACUCAAGUCGAUGAAGUUAAGGCCGAUCUGGAGGAGCUGAAGAGAAAACGACAUCUGGAACAGAUUCAUCGAAGGGGUCGUCGUAUCAUGAAUGAGAUUUGA